ACUGUUGUUGAGAGUCCAGCUGUGUGUUGUUUGCCGAAAGCGGCGGCAGCAGUUGCCGCGGAUAUCGGGACGAGAUCGGAUUUGAUCGGGGGCUGAUUGGUGGAAAUUUUUGUGAAUGCGAUCUUCGAUUACUCAUCGACAAGAUGAGCGCCGGAGAAGAAAUUGAUUUUUCAUCGCUCGACGCGGACAUUCAAGAGCUGUUGAAGUCGAGCGCGGCGGUGCGCGAGAAUUCGUAUUCGCCGUACAGCAAGUUCAAGGUCGGCGCCGCGAUGCGAUGCGACGACGGUAGCAUCGUUCGGGGUUGCAACGUGGAAAACGCAUCCUUUCCGGCGGGUGUGUGCGCCGAGACCACGGCAAUUGCGACCGCCGUUUCGGAAGGAAAAAGAAAGUUCUUGGCAUUGGCGGUGGUUGCCGAACAGGACGCGACGACUUCGUUCACAACACCGUGCGGCGUGUGCAGACAGGUCAUCUCCGAGUUCGGUAACAUACCUAUUUACUUGGCGAGAACCGACAUGAAGAAGGUUCUGCGAAUUGAAACGAGCGACCUGUUCCCACUUCCGCCAUUCCACAUUUCGUAAUCUAGUUUUUGACGUUGAGACAAAAACGUUUCGACUCUACGAAAGAGGCUAUAACGAAAAGAAAAAAAAAGAAAUUUGUAUUUUUUAACACUUUACCGACCAAUAGCGUUUCAACAGCAUACGCACGUCCGACCGGCCACGGAGCCGAUUAAUCGGCUACCGGUCAAUAAGCGUUGGCGACAAAAAGCCGAUUAAUCGGCUACCGGUCGGUAAGCGUUGGCGACAAAAAGCCGAUUAAUCGGCUACCGGUCGAUAAUGUGUUAAUGUACGCAAAAUAUAGUACGCGAAACCGUACCGAAGUUUUUUCUCUAACGGUGUGCUCGUCAGAAUCGAAGAUUAAUUGAGGAUCACGUGAGGACACAUGCUGUGUAUCAUAUAUAUGUGUGUGUGCGAUUUCCUGUAACGCUUUGAACUUUAUUUGGAUGAAAUUUUAAAUCGAUGAUGUAAAGUUAUUUUUAUUUACAAUAAAUGUAUAGUAUGUAUAUAAUAUAUCGUAGAUUUUAUAAAAUAAUAAAUCUAUUUGAUACAAUCACAUGGCAACGUAGCGAAGCGACAAGAAUAUAAGAAAGGAACUUUCGCUAUAAAUCUUGUUCUCCUCAACGCGUCAAAAUUUAUGAGAUUUUUUUUUUAGAUAUAUGUAUAAGACAACAUAAACUAUCACUCAAAUAUUUGUGAUAUUUGUAAUAUAACUGCAUUUUGUUUUUUUUUUAGAACGAACGCAAUAUUGUUGAUAACAUAUGUUGACAACACGUUAUUUCACGUUUUCGUUAGCUCGGUGACCAAAUGGCCGCGUUUCAGCAGAUUUAGACGACUGCUUUUGUCGUUGAUACAAGCCAGUCGCAGACUUAAACACACAGUGUUUGAAUUCUGCCGAAUAUAUUCGGCCAAGUAAAUUGUGUUUUCAACUUAUGUUAAAAACAACGUUGCGUUGUCCAAAA